UUGAAUAUUAGGUAGAUCUAGGUAAAGUGUGAAAUGGACGCUCAAUCGUCAGGAACUUUGCAGUCACCAUCGACUUACUCUGGCUCUUCAAAGACCGGCAGCACUAGAUCCGGGGAGACUGACAAGGCAGAAGUGGACCUUACUAAGGACAAUGCUGCAUCUCCCAUCGACCUGGAGUGCCACAUUCAAGCAGAGCGUAUCACCAAGAUCCUGGACGAAGCAGUCUACAAGACCAAGCUGGCCCUUUGCCUUCCGAACCUCGUGCAAGAGUACAGAACCCUCAGCUCCAUAUUAACCCCUCAGCAUAUGGACGACCUUAUAUUCAUAUUCGAACAGUAUGAUAAUCCUCUCUUCUCGACCAGUUUGUUGAAUAUGGCAGCUAUGGAGGACAUUAAAGGGGGUGACGUAUCGUUAAAGAACCGCCUCAACCCUGAAUUGGGUCAUCUGAUGUACAUCAUGAAUAGUUAUCCUGCACUUCGACCCAAAGUAGAAGAAAUGAUUCAGGAGAUGAAGGAUGAAUUCACGGAGGCUGGUGAGGCAAAACAGCUGUCUCCAGGGCUAGAGUACCUGCAGGUUCUGGAACACUUCCGUGACCUGAUGGUGCGACAGAUGAACACCAGUGCAGCGGAGGAGCUCACUGAGAAGCUAAACACGAGGAAACUGGAGGCCUCUAAUGAAAAGCUGAUUGCGAAAAUACGAGAGUACACGGAUAAUUUAAAAGCAGAGAGCCAAAAAUUCGAAGAGACAAUGGCAAUGAAAGCUGACAUCAUAUCGAAGUUGGAAAAAGAGCUGGCUGUACUGAACUUCGAGGCGGAUGUCAAGCUCAAGAAGAAAAUCUUAGAUUCAGAUCGCCAAAUGGUAUUAGCGACUCGCGCUCACAUAGUCAAGAAUGAGCUGCUAAAAGAGGAGGAGGUAGAAUCCAAGGAAAUGUAUGAAAACUUGCUCAGAGCGCACCUCAUUGAAGAAAAGAAUCAACGGGCGCGGAGGUUCAAAGUGGAGACGCAAUUGCUGUCGUGGCUGCAGAAGUACGAUCUUGAGAUGGGAGAUAAGCAAGUGGAGUUGGACGAGUUCACUGAGAAAUAUGACGAUGAGCUGGAGAAAUGCGACAAUUUAGAGAUCAAAUUGGCCGAGCAGGACAAAGAAUACAUUCCAUUGAUGGCGGAGAGAGAGGAGGAAUACCACCAAGAGAUGACGGCGAAGAUGAACAAGUUCAUCGUAGAGCACGCCGCGAGGGUCAUCCAGAGUGCUUGGCGAGAAGUGCUGGCCAACAGGGCCGAGAAGAAAAAACUCAAGAAGAAACAGAAGCAAAUGCAACUUGCUCAAGAGCUUGCCGAGAGAAGGGCAGCCGCGCAGGCCGCCGCCGAGAAAAAGGCAGCCAAGAAGGAAGCCAAAGGGAAGAAGUGAUUGCUAUGCUUGUACGAUGGGUGCAACACAAGGAUGUCCUUAUUCACCAGAUGUAUUUUACAUUUUUUUUAUUCUUUGAGGAGUAGAAAAAUCGUCAUGGAUGCGUCAGGUAUACUUGAUUCUACUGGCAUUGUUUCCCAAAGAUUAGAAUUACAAAGAUAGGGGUUUUGGUGCGUAAAGACAAACGAAUACCAGCUGACGUUAAUGUACCACGUUACGCAGUGCGCAGCAUAAAGUAUUUCAACAAUAUUUGACUUCUGCGUUGGUGUGUUGCGUUCAUACGUAGGUAUCUGCGUUCAUACGUACCAAUAGGAAUCUCUAUCUUUUAUGUUAGGUAUCUACUCUCGUUCUAGCAGUUUGCAGAA